ACCCUCACAAUGAUAAGCCUUGAUCCAGAAAUCAGCUGUUCGUAUAUUUGUUAUAUUCCUGAAUGUUCUAACAGCACACUUUACAAAUUUAAACUCUUAUCUAUAUGAACACUUAGUUUACUACAGGAAUUUCACUCUGAAAUUGUUGAUCAUACAAAAUAUUAUUUGUUGGGGUAAUUUUCGCACUGAACAACAAUCGUCUUUGUUCUACAAUAAAUAAAUCAUUUGGUGUUUUUCAUAAUUUGAAUAAUUGAUAUAGAUUUUUAGCAGCAUAGAACAAAAUAUCUCGGGUAAGUUUAUGGUUUUAGUUGGCUGAUAUUGCAAUUUCUUUUUGAUAUUCCUGAUAGUAAAAUACAGUCUUCAACUCUGUGAUGUUACUUAUAGAAAAUUGAAAGCCUGGAGGGUGGAAUAUGGGUGUAAAAAAUUUUAGUCUUCAGUUACACGACAGCAUAGCUGUGCUAAUAGUUAUAGAAAAGUUGAAAGGAAUACCUAAUUUUCUAACACGGGGGGGAUGAAUGUACAACGAAGCACAGGAUAAAAAAUAUUUGUGUUUUUAUUGAAAUGAAGAAUAAACUGAAGAGGUUUUGAUCAGGGAGAAUCGGAAAAGUGAAGGGAUAAAAAAGAAGGCUGAAAUAUUUAGGAUUUAUGGUGUGCAAUGUUGUAGUGGCAAUGUUGUGUAUUAAACUGAUGUGUACGUGUUUCAUCUUCCGUGUAGCAAGUGGCUGGGCGACGUUGAAUACGAGAAUACCAGCGGAUCGAUUCCUGUGAAAGAGUACGGCCCCAUACAUGGCGGCAGCAGCAGCAAUAAAAGCGGGGCGGCGACCUCCGUGAGAGAAUCUAGGUCAUCCCCAAGUAAAACCCCCGUUAGAUACCCUUCACCGUUAAAAAUGAUAGAUUCCCCUACCUCAUCCUUUUAUUAUCAGUCACCACCCCUCCAGUCACCGGAACCUGUGGCCUAUAAUCAACAUCAUUCGCCGAUACGUCACGUUGAGCCGCCACGGCGUAGAGCUCCUAGUCCUCAACCUACCUACAACCCACCCCAAACUUAUAAUGAUAUUCCGAGCCCGUCUUUCAUGACACCGAAACAAUGGACACCGGUCACUCCCCCUGUUCAGACAUAUAAUCCGCCGAUUGAUACAUAUGUUCCUCCACCGCAGCUACCACCGCCGCCGCCACAUUCUGCUCCGACAGCAAGAAGUCAUUUGCCGUUCACACCUACUGUUCCGGCAAAGAAGGCCGCUUCAGCGCCGAAGCCCAGACAGCCCACCGCGAAAUCUGCUCCGGCGACACCUGCAGCUAAUGAAAGUGUACCUGACUACAGUUAUCGUUCUUGGGGAGCAUCUAUUAUAAGCCCUUUCGCUAAAAAACUGGAACAAGAACAGGCUGAGCAAGCUAGAGACGAACCGGUGCAUCAACAAACGUCAUAUGUCACACCGGUUUCCCAGAAACCGAAGCCGGGCGCUAAAAAACAUAUGGUCUUCGAAGAAUUGUCAUCAGCUUUAAAGAAAUCUAGUACUUUCCCCAAGGGAACUUACGCUGCGAAAGAGUUCAAAACCAAUGAUGGAAGGGGUACAACUGUUUACAAAAGUGGUACUGCCACAUAUAGUCACGUGCAUUUUACGCACAGCUACCAUGAUAAUGGUAAUAACAAUUCUGAAUCUGAUCCGGGUUAUGUCACACCACCGAUGUUUUUUGAAAAUUACAGCGAAAGAUUUGAAGUUGCACCAGACCAACGUCCUAAGACCGUCAGCACCGGUAUGGUGCUGACGCUUUCCGAUGUGCCACCUGCACAGGUUACAGCAGAGCACGAAGACAGAGGAGUAGUUACCGUUGAGCAACAAACAAAAGAGCCUUCGGUAAUUGCUAUCACUCCAUUAACUAUUAAUAUUAAACCUCUUGUUAGUGAUGUCACAGCAGUGACACCGCAAGAGAAACCAGCUGAAGCUCCAGCGAGCGAGACAACUGUUAUAGCUGCACAACCGACAACAACUGAAGAACCACAGACAAUAGCGGAAACGGUCCAACAAGAAGUUAAACAGGAAAUUACAGAAGAAUCAACUCCACCAGCGCCUCCUGUUGAUAAGGAAAGCAUAGCAGCUCCGGCAGAAGCUGCGACACCAGCUGAGGAAACCAGUUCAGCCGAACAAGUCGAUAAAGUAGCGGAAACUAAAAUCGAGACUGCAGCUCCACCAGAGGGCGACACUGCUGCGGCUCCCGUCGAAACUACGACAAAAACUGAAACCCCAGCAACAACACCACCAAAGGUCGAAACUGCUGUGACUCCCGUCGAAAGUACAACAAAGACUGAAACCCCAUCAACACCACCACCACCAGAGGUCGAAACUGCUGUGACUCCCGUCGAAAGUACAACAAAGACUGAAACCCCAUCAACACCAGAGGCCGCCACGUGCGCUGCUACUCAAGCUGAUACCAGUGUUCAGCCAGAGGAGAAAGGUGAAGGUGUUUCUCCUGUUGUAAACGAAGUUAAAGAAGUCGAGAAGGAGGCGGCAACUCAGCCAGACAGCAGUUCUACAGAAGCAGCCCCGGUUGAAAAGGAGACCCCUGCUGCUUCACAGGAAGAAGUCCAAACUGUCCAGGAAUCUGAAACAGCAAAAACAACAGAAGCAUCGUCGUCAGAGGUUAAAACGACUGACGUAAAACAUACAGUGACAUCGGAAACUUCAACAGCAUCAGAGCCAACGACAACAACAAAAACAGAAACAACAGUUGAAACAACAACAAAAACAACACCAACAACCGAAUCAGUAGUAGAAACAACAGUAUCAACCACAACAGUUACAGAGAAAACAGAGACGGUGCAACAUACUGUAAUAGAAAGCUCUACAUCUGAGGAACAUUCAGCUCCGGCGGCCGAGGACAAGCCUGAACCAAAGAAGCCAGAAGGUGUAGAAGACAAAAUAGAAGCAAGCAGUUGCCCUCCGGCCGCUUCUUCGAAGACAGAGGAACCAGCAGCGGAGACAGCUGCAUCUAGCGCAGUUCCAGCUUCUGUAAAAGAACAAUCUGCAGGGGACCAAGAACAAGUGACCACAAUACUAACUCCUACUCCGUCCGAACCCACCCCUACUGUAGUAGAAACCACCGCCCAAGAAAGCCAACCUGUAGAAAAAUCAGUCUCUGACGGUCAAAUCGCCGCCCCGGCACCACGAGAAGGAGAAACCACAGCCGAUACCCAAACUGUUAAAAGUGAAGGAAGUCCAUCAGUGAACCAAUCCCAAUCGGAAGACACGAGCAACAAGAUAACUACGGAAAUUCCUGUUAGCGAAACAACUACUACUACUACUACUACUACUACAACUGACACAACCAAAACCACUGAUAAUGUUACUGCUGCUGCUGCUGAGGACGCCAAGUCUUCAGCUGAUAAAGGCUUGGAGAGCAAUAACAGCGUCUUUCAAUCAGCGUCCGAGAAAGCUGAAAUUUCGUCAGUUCCCCAAGAAACACUUGAACAUGAGUCCAGGUAUACCAUAUCUAUCCUAUGUUAAACGCUGUUUAAUCAAAUUUCGUUUCGUUUAAACAUGUAGAAAAAAAAAAAAAUGAAAUUCACUCCCGAUUUCAAAUUUAUUUUCUUUUCGUGAUGUUAAUAUUUUAAUGACCACUUUUAUUUCAUGUUUUAACAAGUCAUACAAUCUAACGCCCGACCAUUGAGAAUGGCAACUACUAUUAUUUUAACCACGCCAGUAGUCUUAUUAGAACCUCGACAUCCUUUAAAACAGAACCCAGUUAUUAUUAUUAUUAUAACCUCAGUUAUCUUUCCCUAUAGCAAUAAAACAUUAAUUCCCAAUUAUUUAAAAUUGUCGGCUAAUAAUCCUCUGACUGUCUAUCUUUAAUACACAAUUUGGAUCUCUAACAAAUACCUAAUUCUAUCCGACAUAUUAGCUUCUGUUACAAUUUAUCAAACCCCGUUCCAUAAAGAUAUCUGCUCAGUCAAGACCUGCAAUAUUUAUUAUAUUCUCUCCCAUAACCUAUUUUAUUUCGUUUUACCUUUCAUCCAUACAUUAAAAUCUGUUAACUAGAUUCCCCCACCCCUACAUCACCGCCACCACAUUAAAUUCCAUGCUCGUCCUUCGAUAACAUCCUAUUCAUUCUAUCAGGAUUUUUAAAAUUCUCUUUUACACAAUAUUGUUGUUGUCAUUGUAAUUGUCGUUACCAUCCCUGUUUAGAACCACCAAAAUCAUUUCUAACACGGAACUCCUAAGUUAAUUUUACAUUAU